CAUUCGAUAUAAAUACCCAUAUCUUUAUAUGUACAAUUAAUGCUUUCUUUCUCAAAUAAUUAAGAGGGAGAGGCAAAUUAAGAGAUAAUGGAAAAAACAAGCCUAGUUCUGAUGCUUUGCUUCAUUGUUAUUGUUAUGCCUAAGACUCAAGGUGUUGAAUUAGGACCCAAGGCUGUUGAAAAAUGGUUCAAGAAGCUUCCUUAUGCAAAGCAAAAGGUAACUAAGUUUCAUUUCUAUUUUCAUGAUACACUUACCGGGAAGAAUCCAACUGCGGUUACAAUAGCCCAGUCCAAUAUGACUGCUAAAUCCCCAACUUUCUUCGGUUCAGUAUCAAUGAUGGACGACCCACUGACAGUUGGGCCAGAGCCCAACUCUACAAUAAUAGGUCGAGCCCAAGGAAUUUAUGGUUCAGCUGAUCAAAAUGAGGCUAGCCUUCUCAUGAACCUCAACUUCGUGUUUACUACCGGCAAGUACAAUGGUAGCACACUGAGUGUUCUAGGCCGGAACCCUGUAUUUCACCAGUACCGUGAGAUGCCGAUCACCGGCGGGUCUGGAGUUUUCCGCCUGGCUCGGGGAAUCGCCACCGCGAAGACUUAUUGGUUCAAUACGACCAGUGGGGAUGCUGUUGUUGAGUAUAAUGUUGUGGUCCUGCAUUAUGACAUUUAGUUUAGUUUGAAUCUGAACUUAUUGGUGUUCAUUUGUAAUAUUUCCUAUUGUUUCUCUAUAUUGUUUUAAUGAUAAAAAUGUUUUAUUGAUCAAUGAAAUAAGACUUUGACGA